AUGACCUCCACAAUAACUUCUGCUAUAAUUACUCCUGUCUACUCCCGAUCUGAGUUCCUGAACGAUAUCAAGAAGAUAGCAAAUGCCACCAAUGCUGCUUACUCCGAGUCAUCCACUGUUGCUGUCUUGAACGUUUUCGAGGAUUAUUUCCGUAACGAAGUCAUCAUUUUCCGCGCAACCGACCGGCCUGGAGAUGCCCUCAAUUAUCGAUUGUUCAUUCAUAAGAAUGUGGAUACCCUUUCGAUGGCCAAAGAAGGGAAGCUUUUGGACCCUGAGCAUCAAAUGCUAACCCCUCUGGAAAUAUGGUGCUCUCUAUACCAGAACGAGCCCCAGCAGUGGUGUGAUUUUGAUGCCAAUGCGGGACUGGUCAAAACCUGGCUACACUUGGUAGCGCUUCGACCCGUCAAGGAGCUUCUCACGGCGCCGGGAAUACCAUCGACCCUACAAUCACAUCUGCCUACUCUCCAGGGUCUUGGAUUCAAUAUGGUAUGGUUUGUCUCUGUUGACUACCAUAAAAACACAUUGAACAUCUAUUUUCUGGUCCAGGGAGACUUAUCCAAGGAUCAGGCUGACCAAAUCACAGGCCUCGCAGGAUCUGAACCACCUACUAAGACUGAAUUUGAGGAUAUACAGAAACUGAUCGAUCCACGGGGAUAUUUCGUUGCGGUAACGAUGCGGUAUCCCGAGGCCACAAUCCCGCGGGUUGCAUUUUAUGCUCUAAAUCUGCUCCCAGAUCAGGUUCCAAUCAAAGAAGGACCGCUGAGACAAUUCUUGGAUGUUUGUCCGAGUUAUGAUGAACGUCCGGCCGCAGUGUUAGCCUGGUCUUUUGGACAAGGCGGGGACACGUAUAAGAAACUUGAGCUAGGAUAUGCUGGGGAAUUCGGGGACUCCAUGAGAGCUACGGCGAUGAGGGCUGCAGAAUGCUUUGCUCAGGGUAACUAA